AUGUCGGACACAUCUGAAGAAGCUUGUGACAGACCAAAUGACAAGGACGAAAACGCUUGCCGUGAUUUUGUUCGAGGUAUAUGCGAAAGAAAAUUUUGUAAAUACAAACACGAUAACGAAAUUCGUCGUUUAAAUUUCUGCCAUGAUUAUCAAAAUAACAUUUGUCCAAGGCUUAAUUGCAAGUUCAUUCACUGUACUACCGAAGAAGUUGAACAGUACAAAAAAUCCGGCGAAAUGUCCAACCAAAUCCUUGCAGAAGCUACAAGGAAAAAUCAGUUGCCUGGUAGCGCGCCAAUUUGCAAUCAAUUCAAAAAAGGCGUGUGCAGAAGGACUCACUGUAAGUUCAGGCACAUCACCAAGGAACAAGAGGAACAAGAAAUUUUGGAAUUAGUUCAGAAUAAUAUUCAAAGGAAACAAGGAAAUUUGAACGCGCCUGAAUCCAAUUUCAGUGGCGUCGGAUCUCUGAAUGGUGCCCAUAGACGUAAUGGAGUGAGCUACGAGGAAUAUCAAGACAGUGGUCUGCCAUUAGCAAAGCGAAGGUUUGCUGCCGCUGAAGAAAUGCUGAAUAGGGAACUUCAAUUGGAGGCUGAUAGGACACGGCCUGUUUUCAAAGGUUAUUUUACUGGUAGUCCUCCUCCAGGGGUUCUCAAUAGGGCGGAUGCAAGGACACUUAUGCUUGAAGAAGAAAAUGCUCUUCUCCAUAAUGAAAUCGCCCAGUUAAAAAAGCAAGUUCAAGACCUAACAGCCACUAACGAGUUUCUGCUAGACCAGAACGCCACCUUGCGGGUUACCAGUAAACAAACCGCUGUGAAUAUGCCCGCUGUUACCUUGACCAAUACAAAUACUCAGCCUCAAGUUAUCAGAACGGUAACGGCCAGCGUUGCCACAGUUCCUGUGAGCUUGGCAACAGUGACGACCGGUACGCCAGUGAUGUCGGGAAAUCCGGUUUCGAUUGCUGGCUGUCCCACUGUCAGUAUAGCGUCGCCAGCGCAGAUUUUGGCGCCUAGUCAACAAAUUUUAGUUACAACUAACCCAGGUCAACAGCUAGCCCUGGCUACAUCAACUCAGCAGUUAACUUCCCAAGCUCAGCACAUGGCGAACCAACAGUUGGCUCUCGCCAACGCCUCCCAGCAACUAACAAAUCAAUCGCAACAACUACAAUUGGCGGGCAACCCUCAAACCCACCACCAGCAGCUCAACCAACAACUGACUUCGCAAGCGCAGCAGCUCGCCAAUCAGCAACUCACUUCUCAAGCUCAACAAUUGGCUCUGGCCAAUACCACGCAACAAUUGACUUCGCAGGCGCAGCAGUUGGCUUUGGCGAAUACAGCUCAACAGUUGACCGUAGCCAACGUUCCAACUCAGCAGCUGACGCUAGCGAACGCGACUCCUCAGCUAUUGGCAGCGACUACUCAGCAACAAAUCGAGUUACACAGAAAUAAUCAGAUUGCGAUUAAUACGUCGCAGGCUAUAGCAAUGUCAAAUGCUACUCAGCCAAUGGUUUCUUUUCCUAUAAUGACUCAAAGUUUGACUCAUCCGAUGGCUCAUUAG